UUAAGGGUGUGAUAGUGCCCAUCAAGAGUUUCGCGGGGUACGGCCCGAAAAUGCCAUUGUGCCGUCACUUCAAAGGGUUUUACGAUGGCUACAGCAAGUGUCUUCCACCGCCAGUGGAAUAUCUCGAUCUCGCGCUGAUGGUGCCAAAAGAACGUCCGGUUCUUCCGCGAGAAUAUGUUUUUCGGCUUCUGCCAGCGCAUGCGGGGUCGUCCGGCUUGGCUCAAGAAACCCCUGAGACGCCAGUGGGGCACGGGAGUGCAAUUCACGACGCUGGGGGUCAGGGCAAGGGCCACGCGUGCAGCAUUCAAACGCAGGUCGCCCCGGAUGCUCCAGGGAACACGACAGACCUGCAUUCUCCGAGUGCAGGGACUCUCUGGGUCGGUACUCCGAAAAUCCUCAAGGUCUUCUGCCAGGGCGACACGUAUUCGCUUCAAGAUGAGACGAGAAGAGAAUCCAGCAGAUCGAGGCAAGAGGUCGGAGGGAAUGAGGCUAAAGGGAUGGACGCAGUCUGCGACAGCUCUGGCGGGGAGCCGACCUCUUCGGAAAAGAAGCCCGAGCGACAGAGGAUGGUGCGAGAAGAGGUGGCGGAAGAAACCCGUCACAUGAAGAGGAUGAAAGGACACUCGGAGCCGAUGAUUGGCGAGGAUGAAGGUGACGUCGGAGAACGUGCCUCGGGAAAGAGGACGCCACGGAUGCGUAGCAGAAAACAACAAGGAGUUGAGAAGAGGUUGUCGAAGGAAGAGGGUGCAACGACAAGUAAGAAAGCGAGGAGGCCCGACGGUUUGACCAUCCGCGAAGGACAAGCUAUGGGUGGAGGAGACUCGGCUCAUCCAGGCGCUGCCGCCGCGAGAGAACCUUCAGAGAAAUCCAAAAGGAAACUGGCAGCUGAAGAAGGCGAUGGCCAGAAAAAACCUCAGAGGAGGAAGACUGCUGAGGCGGCGAGCGGUGGCGAACGGGCUGUCGAUACACAGUACGACGCAGCGACAGCGUUCUGGCUCGAAUACGAGCGGAACGAUGACGGUGAGAUCGUGGAGGAGCUCCCCGUUCAACUGCUCAUCGACCCCAGGAAGGUCUACGACAUCCCACCAUGGAAAAGAUAUUACAACCACCGCAGUCUCAGUCGCGAUGGUGUGGAGGACAUCAAAGAAGCGAUGGUAAGGCAGUUCCACGAGGAAAAGGGGAAGAUCUGGACGAAAAACCCUUUGGUUUUGGCACCCAUCUACAAGCCGGUGACGCAUAGGCCGGAAAAAGCUGAGAGAGUUCACAAAGAUGUCUUCAAGCCAGAGGACAAGGAUAAGUACUUCUAUUACCCUGUCAACGGACAACACACCGUGGCUGCUGUGAAGGAGUUGUACGGUGAGUCAAUAUUCGAAUUGUGGAAGAUGCACUCGUGGCCGGCGAGAGUCGUUUGGUUCUCCGACGAAGACUUCGGGGGGUAUUUGCAGGUCAGUCUCACGGAGAACACAAGACAUAAGAUGUCUAAGCAACGUGCACAGAAGGCCGUUUGGUAGUUCUCUUCACCGUAACGUUCUCCACAAA